UUUCCAGAUAAGAUAGCAGGUGUGUCACUUUAGGGCACUUGGACAAGAAAACAAUCAGAGGAUGGGCUUGGAAACAAAAUGAAUGCAUCUGCGUGUGGGGGAAAUAACCCUCUUUGACUGAAAGGCAGAGCUGCUAUGGGGCAGGUCAAGGUUGCAGUUGGGCUCUGCAUUCCUUACAGCCUCUUCCUUUGAUAAAACCUCCAGGACCCUUAACAGACUCUCUCUUCAUGUGAGCUUGCUUCAGGACUCCAGAACCCAUUUGGUGUGUCAAGGAGAGAGAGAGAGAAUACAGGUGAACCCACGUUGCGUGCUUAAAAGGGAUUAUUUUGACAGAGCACGUGGCCUUGGUCAGAGGGGGAUGUUCCUCUUUCUCAUUUUGUCCUUGUACCUCCCUGCUAAAGCACAGCCCUUGCAGGAGAACACAGUGGCUCUUGAUCCUUGCUCUGCCUACAUCAGUCUGAAUGAACCUUGGAGGAACACUGAACACCACUUCAACGGCUCUCACGACCAGCCCGAGUGUGACAGCCAUGUUGACGGGGAAUGGUACCGCUUCACUGGGAUGGCUGGCGAUGCCAUGCCCACCUUCUGCAUCCCGGAAAACCACUGUGGUACCCAUGCUCCAAUAUGGCUAAAUGGUAGCCACCCUCAGGAGUCAGACGGCAUUGUCCAGAGGCAGGCCUGUGCAACCUUCAAUGGAAACUGCUGCAUGUGGAACACAACGGUGGAGGUCAAGGCCUGCCCAGGAGGCUAUUAUGUCUACCAGUUAACCAAGCCCAGUGUCUGCUUCCAUGCCUACUGUGGGCAUUUCUACGACAUCUGUGACAUGAUAGAUUGCCGGGGCUCUUGUUUGGACACUGGAGACUGCACAUGCUCUUUAGGAACAAUAUUGGGACCUGACGGACAGACCUGCCUUGAUGAAAAUGAAUGUGAACAGAAUAACGGAGGUUGUAGCGAGUUCUGUGUGAACCUCAAGAACUCCUACCGUUGUGAAUGUGGAGUUGGGCGAAUUCUAGGGAAGGAUGGAAAGACCUGCCAGGAAAUUGAAGGUUGCCACAACAACAAUGGGGGCUGCAGCCAUGUUUGCAUCACAGUAGAAGACACCUACCAGUGUGAGUGCCCACGCGGUCUUGUUUUGUCAGAUGACAACCACACUUGUCAAGUCCCUGUCCUAUGCAGAUCUACCUCCAUAGAGGUGAACAUCCCUAAGGAUCUAGUUGGAGGGAUGGACCUCUCACUCAUCAAUGGUUCCUGCAAAGGGGUAUCCAAUGGGACACAUGUCAACAUCAUCUUCUCCCUGAAAUCCUGUGGUACAACUAUAGAUGUGGUAAAUGACAAAAUCAUCGCUACCAAUAUGGUGACUGGCUUGCCCAAGCAAACGCCUGGCAGCAAUGGUGACAUCAUUGUCCGCACAGGGAAGCUGUUGAUCCCUGUGACCUGUGAAUUCCCUCGCCACUACACCAUGUCAGAGGGCUACGUCCCCAAUGUGAAGAACUCGCCGCUUGAGAUCGUGAGCCGCAACCGGGGGGUCUUCCCCUUUACCCUCGAGAUAUUCAAAGACAAUGAGUUUGAAGAGGCCUACGGAGAUGCUCGCCCCACCCUUAAACUCCGAGAUUCUCUGUAUUUUGGAAUUGAGCCCUUGGUGCAUGUGAGCGGUCUUGAGACAUUAGUGGAGAGCUGUUUCGCCACCCCUACCUCCAAGACUGACGAGAUCCUGAAGUACUAUUUGAUUCGAGAUGGCUGUGUUUCUGAUGACUCUGUGAAGCAAUACACAUCUAAAGAUCAUCUGGCCAAGCACUUCCAAGUACCAGUGUUCAAAUUUGUGGGUAAGGACAACAAGGAAGUGUUCCUCCACUGCCGUGUCCUUGUGUGUGGAGUGAUGGAUGAGAGGUCUCGCUGUGCCCAGGGCUGCCGCAGACGGAUGCGCAGAUGGGCAGAGUCAGAGGAAGAGGAAGCCAGUCACAUGGCUAAUCGCAUCCUCACAGGCGGUCCCAUUAGAAUUGAUGUGGAGUAGAUCUAUCUCAGCCUUCACUAACCUAGAUCCCACCAGACUAUGACCCCCUUUUUGGGCCUACAGCUUCCAUGCUGGUUGGGGCUGAUGGAAGUUGUAGUCCAAAGCAUCUGGAGGGCACCAGGUUGGCAAAGGCUGUCUUAUCUUGUGAACAUGCUGUCUCACUGAUGCUUUCUCCUAUGUACCUUCGAUAGUGAGCAGUCAUCUGUGUUUGGCAAGAAAAUAAAGGCAACAAACAAAACAAAACAAAACAAAACCAUGUGAUUUCCUCUUUCCCCAGUGAAAGCCUAUGAUCUUUGCUAAGGUGAGAUUAGAUGCAAUCUCAUCCAAAUGCUGUUUGAUGUCUGAUAAUGGAUGGUUGAAGCAAAUUUAAAUGGGCCAUUCGAAUCACAGGGAUGACAAUGGUACCAAUUUUUCUUAGAAAUCAUUAGUUCAAAGAGCAUGUAAAAUGUCCAGAUCCAUAACAUUUUCAUGAAUAGGAAUUUGGGUUUUUUACAAGGCUACACUGACAUAGAGGAGGGAGACGCUGUCUGCAACAU